AUGUCGGCCGAUCUCGAAAAGGGCCACAGCCCGAGCAGCGUCAGCGACCGCGUCGACGCCACGCUGCAGGACAAGGCGCCCCAGCGUCGCCUGUGCGGCCUGCUGGCCCCCAAGAAGGAGAAGGAGUUCGUCCCCUUCGUGUUCCCCGACCCUACUCCCGAGGAGAUGGACCCCUUCUCGCGCCACUUGAUGCCGUCGACGCUCUACUCGCUCGUCGACCCCAAGUCGUACGCCUACCUCAAGUCGCUCGGCGGCACCCCUGCGCUGCUCGCCGGCCUCAAGACCGACCCCAAGCAAGGUCUGUCCGAGUCGACCGGCAAGCUCGAAGACCGCAAGAGGAUCUGGGGCGAGAACCGUGUACCCCAGAAAAAGUCAAAGUCUUUCCUCGCGCUCUGCUGGGCCGCCUACACCGUAAGUCCCCCGUUCGACGCCUCUAGCGCGCGAGGGCACUAGCGCCGAACCGUGGUGGUGGUGGUGGUGGUGGUGGUGGUGGCGGCGGCGGCGGCGGCGGCGGCAUGCUUCGGCUUUCCCUUCCGAGUCUCAUUGUGCUGACUCGCUGUUUUAUCUCGCAGGACAAGGUCUUGAUCGUGCUCUCCGUCGCCGCCGUCGUCUCGCUCGCUCUCGGUAUCUAUCAAUCCGUCGGUGCCCCACCCAAGACGUAUGAGUCGACGCGCUGCCCCAACAACACUUGUGUUGAAGCCUCGGUCGAAUGGGUCGAAGGGGUCGCCAUUACCAUCGCCAUCUUCAUCGUCGUCAUGGUUGGUUCCGUCAACGACUGGCAGAAGGAGCGACAGUUCCAGAAGCUCAAGUCAGUUGCUCUCCUUCCCCGCUCGGUACCCCUACCUACCUACCUAUACUGAUCCCUCUUUGUGUCCACUUCACCACAGCGCUCAGAAGGAAGAACGCAACGUCAAGUGCAUCCGAAACGGGGCCGAACAACUCAUGUCCGUCUACGACGUCCUCGUCGGCGACAUUCUCUUCGUCGAGCCGGGAGAGAUUCUGCCGUGCGAUGGUGUAUUCCUCUCGGGCCACAACGUUCGCUGCGACGAGUCCGGCGCCACUGGCGAGUCCGAUGCUGUUCGCAAGGCCCCCUACGAAGAACUCGACGGAAGCGAAAAGGGCAAGACCGACUGCUUCCUCAUCUCCGGUUCCAAGGUGCUCGAAGGUGUCGGCUCGUACGUCGUCACCUCGGUCGGUCAAAACUCGUUCCACGGAAAGAUCAUGAUGUCGCUCCAGGGCGAGACCGAGGACACCCCGCUGCAACUCAAGCUCAACCGAUUGGCUGAACUCAUCGCCAAGCUCGGUUCCGCCGCCGGUCUGAUCCUGUUCGCCUCGCUCAUGAUCCGCUUCUUCGUCAACCUUGCCAAGAUCCCCGACCGCACUGCAGAUCAGAAGGCACAGAACUUCAUCCAAGUCCUCAUCAUCUCCGUCACCGUCGUCGUCGUCGCCGUUCCCGAAGGUCUUCCCCUCGCCGUCACUUUGGCUCUCGCUUUCGCCACGCGUCGCAUGACCAAGGCCGCCCUGCUCGUUCGUGUCCUCGGUGCUUGCGAGACCAUGGCCAACGCGACCGUCAUCUGCACCGACAAGACCGGUACACUUACCCAGAACAAGAUGUCUGUCGUGGCCGGCUCGAUCGGUGUCCACCUCAAGUUCGUCGACCGCCUCGAAGAGAACUCGGCCCGCAACAACGCCAACGAUGACCGUGACCCCGAGAAGAUCGUCGGUGCCGCUUCCGAAGCCGACAAGGCCUCCAUCGCCCCUUCGGCUACGCGCACCGGUCGUCUCGACUUCCAAACCGACAUGAGCGAGAUUAACAAGCAUCUCUCCCCCGCUCUCAAGACCUUGCUCAACGACUCUGUCGUCAUCAACUCGACCGCUUUCGAAGGUACCGACGAGCAUGGCGCCGAGGGCGGCUUCGUCGGCUCCAAGACCGAGACUGCUUUGAUGUCUUUCGCCCAGAACCAGUCGUGGCCCCACUACAAGGCCGUGCGCGAGUCUGCCAACAUCGUCCAAAUGAUCCCGUUCUCGUCCGAGCGCAAGGCCAUGGGUGUUGUCGUCAAGCUUGUCGACUGCCGCUACCGCCUCUACCUUAAGGGUGCCUCCGAAGUCUUGACCAAGCUCGCCCAACGCCACGUUGUCGUCCAUGAGAACGGUGCCGAUUCUAGCUCCGACAUCGAGACCGUCGACUUUAACGAAGAGACCCGCGGCAACAUCAACCGAACCAUCAUUUUCUACGCCUGCCAAUCGCUCCGCACGAUCGCCCUUUGUUCGCGCGACUUUGCCUCAUGGCCCCCUGCCAAUGCCGCCAUCGACCCCGUUACCGGCGAGGUCGCGUACGAUGCCAUCGCCCAGGACUUGACUUUGGUCGCUGUCACCGCAAUCGAGGAUCCCCUUCGUGAAGGUGUCUCCAAGGCCGUCGCUACGUGCCAGAGGGCCGGCGUUCAGGUCAAGAUGUGCACCGGUGACAAUGUCCUUACGGCUCGCUCGAUCGCUUCGCAAUGCGGCAUCUUCAGCAAGGGUGGCAUCAUCAUGGAAGGCCCCGUUUUCCGCAAACUCACAGUCCAGCAACGUCACGAAAUCGUUCCCCGCUUGCAAGUCUUGGCCCGCUCCUCGCCCGAGGACAAGAAGAUCCUCGUCGACCACCUCAAGUCCAUGGGCGAAGUCGUCGGUGUCACCGGUGAUGGUACGAACGAUGGUCCCGCUCUCAAGAGUGCCAACGUCGGUUUCUCGAUGGGUAUCGCCGGUACCGAGGUUGCCAAGGAGGCUUCCGAUAUUAUCUUGAUGGACGACAACUUUGCCUCGAUCGUCUCCGCCAUCAUGUGGGGUCGCUGCGUCAACGAUUCGGUCAAGAAGUUCCUUCAGGUGUGUUUCCUGGCGUGCAUCCAGGUUCUGCAAAUUUGGGUUUGUCUUUGCUGACAUUCGCAUCGAUCGCGUGUCCAGUUUCAACUUUCGGUCAACGUCACCGCCGUCGUCAUUACCUACAUCACCGCCGUCUCGUCGAACGAUGAAGAGUCCGUCCUCACUGCCGUGCAACUCCUCUGGGUCAACUUGAUCAUGGACACCUUUGCCGCUCUCGCUCUCGCCACCGAUCCCGCCGACCCCGAGGCCUUGAACAGGAAGCCCGAUCGCAAGAUGGCCCCUCUCAUCUCGGCUCAGAUGUGGCUCAUGAUCCUGGGACAGGCCGUCUACCAGAUUCUCGUCGCUCUCGUCUUGCAUUUUGCUGGCCACCAUAUUUUUGGCUUCCACUCUUCCGACUCGGGUGAACGCAUUGAUCAGGACAACGAGCUCAAGACUUUGAUCUUUAACUCCUUCGUCUUCUGUCAGAUCUGUGAGUCUCUCUUCAUGCCUGACGGCCGCUGUAGUUUGGUGUGGUUCCACAGGAUGCUGACCUUCGCGUUCUUCGCCUGUCCGCCUACAGUCAACAUGUUGAACGCCCGCCGUCUCGAUCGCACGCUUAACAUCUUCCGCGGCAUCCACAAGAACAUGUACUUCCUUGUCAUCUUCAUCAUCAUGGUUGGUGGCCAGGCCUUGAUCGUCAACUUUGGUGGAGCCGCAUUCCAAGUCGUCCGCAUCAGUGCUCGUGACUGGGCCAUCUCGAUCAUCCUCGGUCUCAUUUCGUUGCCCGUCGCCGUCCUCAUCCGCUUCUUGCCCCCUGGACCUUGGGAACGCUUCCUCAUCAAAAUCCGCGUCUACCCCGAUCCCAAUGCGCCCCUUCCUGUGUUCACCGAAGAGUCCGAGGAGAAGAAGUGGGGCGAGGGUCUGCAAAAGACGAUCGACAACUUGGCCGUCUACUCGCAAAUCCGAGGUGGUCGCGCUCGUGGCUCUUCGAUCAUUCGCAAGUCGCGCACCAAGCAAUUGCGCGAACACGACAUUCAUCCUGCUUCGUUGAUGGCCAUGAUUCCUUCGAUGGUUAUGGGUUCCGUCGGUGGUGGAUGGAGGCCCGAGGGCUCGUUGGCCGACCCUGCUGCGCACGACCCUUCGGCCUCCACGACCCAGCUCUUCCAGACAGGUCACUUGGCCGAAGGCCGGGACGUUCUCGGCAACUCGAUCCCUUCGACCGGCUUCGCUCGUGCCGGUCACUCGAGGUCCGCUUCGCAUUCGUCCACCUUGGCUCCCAUCCCCCAAGGUGGUGAAUUGACGACCACAACCACGGCCGAUGGCUCGUUGGCUCCUCCUUCCCCGAGACGAUAA